UCCUUUGCUCCUUUGUGAAGAUCGGACGCGGCCAGGAGAAAAGAGCGAGGAUCUUUUCUGGAAGCAACCAGGUGCAACUGUGCACGGUGGCUGGAUGUGAAGAAAGUGCCGCCGCCGGCGAGGGUGCAUUUGGCCGAGCAUCAUCACCGUCGCCUUGACGUCCGCGCACGACAGGCCUGCCGGCGAUCCCAUGUCGACGGGCGGCACAGGAAUAAGAAGGUGGCUUGUCCGCGACCCAAUCUGCGUCUGAGUCUCUCCUCGUCCAAGCAGGACCAUGGCCCCACCCAGUGUGUUGUCACCUCGACGCUAUUCCCCAUUCGUUGCCCACUCGCAUCGCUGACCGACUCUUCGUAUUUUGCUCUCUCGCCCUCCCGCCCACUUCCUCCACUCUUCUUCCCUCCCCCUCCCAAUCUGAUCUCCUCUCGAGCAUCAUCAGACGAACCCCCAGAAACACACUCGCCCAUACCCGCAUAUAUAUACGCAGACACCAACAUACCCACUCUCACACACGUACAACAUACGUACAUAAACACGCCUUGCAACAGUUCGAGCCCAGCCUCCCCACCAGUCUCUGUAGGCACGACAAAAGAGCCCACGCUCAGGAUGUCAAUUCGGAGCCCAGACGGAGCCCUAUCCAGCGCAUCAUUUUUCGACGUUUUGCCAGAGGAGUAUUCUACCACAAAUAACCAAUCCGUGGACAUUGCCAAGUGGAGAGAGGACAUUUCCGGAUUAUCCACUGCAGCAAAUCUUUUCAUUUCCCAGGCGCCCGAUUUAAGCAUGACAUGCAGAUCGGAGGCGGACGUCAAAGAUAACACAUCUGAAUACAGCAUGGACAGUGCGUACCACAGCCAGUCAGGUAACCAACAACGGACAACGAUGACUACCGAAGGUUUCCAGUGGACAUCGGACCAGGUUUUUUUGUUCGAGGAUUCCUCUCCUUUGCUAGGAUCUGAUAAUUACACCCCAUUCUCCGGAUCCCAGGACAUGGACCAGCUACACCUGUCCCCCACUGCCGGGGCGAUGGAUACUGGAGUACAGUCUUUUGACUGGUCAACUAAUUCAACUUUGAACCAGGACUUAUUCAACUUUUCCUCGGCGACAAACAUGUCCCAAUUUUCUCCGAUGGACGAUACGUACGGUCUCGGACCAUGGAGUGCAGCCGCGGUGAUGCCAUACGAUACUAACCAGGGACUCUCCGGAACCGAGGUGUUCAACACCCGUGCGCAAUUGCAACAACAUCAAGACACGCAUUCACUCGACGUCUCGACGCGACCUGACGUUCUACGACACAAUUCUUUCAAUACUCAAUACCAGACCGUGCGGACACCUGUGCAACCCGGUCCUGUCGCCGCUCCUACCAACCCUACUACAGUUGGAUUUGCACCUCGCACAGCUGAUUCUAGAGCUACAGCCGAGGAAUCCAGCACAAAGUCUUUGGAUGCGCCAUCCCUUGCGGAUGACGAUGAAGGCGAAGACGAAGAGAUCUUUUCUCCACAGGAUCCCGAAAUCAACCGUAUCCAAGAGGAACACAAGAAAGUUGCUCGUACCCAUCCACUCUACAAUGCGAAGCCAAAGGAAGAUGGCAACUUCCACUGCCCUUUCGAAGGACAACCAGGAUGUAACCACAAGCCAACAGACUUGAAGUGCAACCAUGAUAAAUAUGUAGACUCGCACCUGAAGCCUUACCGUUGCAACCGUGAAGGGUGUCCCAACGUACAAUUCUCAUCGACGGCUUGCCUGCUUCGCCAUGAGAGGGAGGCACACGCUCUUCAUGGCCACGGAAAGAACCCUAAUCUUUGCUACUACACUGACUGCGAACGGGCCAUGGCAGGCAAUGGGUUCCGGAGGCGCUACAACCUCUUCGAUCACAUGAAGCGUGUGCAUGAUUACACAGGACCCACCAAUGAUGUGUCAGCAUCGCCCUCCGCAGACUCGCAAGCACCAAAGGGUCGCGGAGCAGCUGGACGAAGGAAGAAGUCCCCAACUGAUAUUGGCGCUUCAAAGAAGCACAAGGUCACGAAGGCCAGCAACCGUAAGCAACUUCAGCAGCAGCAACAGCAACAGCAGAAGUUGCAGGAACGUGCUCAACUACAGGAGCGUUUCGCCAAGAAGAAGCAGAACUUGCUUGAGCUGCUCACCAAGCUUGACGGUCCAGAUGAUUUUGCGGCCGAGCACAUGGAUCGCCUUACAGCGGAACUAGGAGAUCUUUCCAGGAUCGCAUCCAUUCACAGGAACACCGAUGGCGCUGUGUCUGGCGAUUGA